UAAUCCAGAGCCAUCAUGUCUUUCUCCAUCAAGAAGGGACAAAAUGUUAGCAGUGGUGAUGGUGGAAAAGGGGGUUUUAGCGACUGUUUUGUGGGAGGAAUUGGAGGAGGAUAUUGGGAUGGUAACAAAAAAAAAAAGAGAUUGCCUGGUUGUCGACCUGGUGGAUUCCAUAAGGUUAAUACAAUGAGUGUGAAACCACUUAAUGUUUCCAUAGAUCCAAAUAUCCAGAUAAUAAAGGCAGAGGAAGGAGAACAAAUUAAAACUCUCAACAACAAGUUUGCAGCUUACAUUGACAAGGUCAGAUUUCUGGAACAGAAUAACAAAGUCCUAGAAACAAAAUGGAAACUGCUGCAGGAACAGGGAACUAAGCACAGCACCAAAAGGGCCAACCUAGAUCCCCUGUUUGAGAAAUACAUUGGCGACCUGAAGAGAUAUUCAAAUACUUUGAUAAAUGAAAGAGGCCAUUUGGUGCAUGAACGGAAGAAUCAGCAAGGUUUUGCAGAGGAAUAUAAGAAAAAAUACGAGGAUGAAAUUAACAAGCGUACAAAAGCAGAAAAUGAUUUUGUGGUACUUAAGAAGGAUGUUGAUACUGCCUACAUGGCUAAAACAGAACUUGAGGCCAAGGUGGAUGCAGUGACAAGUGAAAUCAACUUCUUAAGAACUCUUUAUGCUGCGGAAUUGUCACAGGUACAUGAUAGCGUCACCAACACCUCUGUUGUUCUGACUAUGGAUAACAACCGUGACUUGAACCUGGAAGGUAUCAUUCAGGAUGUUAAAGCACAAUUAGAACUAUGUGCACAAAGAAGCAAAAUGGAAGCUGAAGCAUUGUUUGAUAAUGCAUAUCUACACCCUACUUACAAGGAGCUGCAGAAAACAGCUGAAGGACACGGGGACAGCAUAAAGAAUUCCAAGGCUGAAAUAGCAGAACUGAAUCGUAGGAUUCAGAGGCUGAAGGCUGAAAUUGAAAAUCUCAAGAAGCAGAUUGCAGGUCUGAAUCAAUCCAUUGCUGGAGCUGAAGAAAAGGGCAACCUUGCUCUCAAGGAUGCAGAAAAGAAACUUCAGGAUCUUGAAGCUGCUGAAAAGAAACUUAAGGAGGACAUGGCUCGUCAGCUUAAAGACUACCAAGAACUUCUGGCUGCUAAGAUUGCACUGGAUGUUGAAAUUGGCACUUACGGACUCAUGCUGGGAGGAGAAGAGCGCAGAAUUUCUGGACUGAUUGCCAACAAUGUCAGCAUAUCUGUGAUCAGCGGCGGUUCAAAUGUAUACAGCAUUCUUGGUGCUGCAGCAGGCGGAAUGGGCGGCGGCAUGGGCAGUGAAAUGGGAAUGGGAGGCGACAUGAGAUCGGGCCAUAGUGGUGGACAUGGUGGCCAUGGAGCUGUAGGAAUGGGACAUUAAUUUGGCUCCAUGCAU